GGGGUCUUGUUCAAUCUAGGAACGUUGCACCGAGUGAACAAGUUGCUAUGUUUCUUUCAAUCCUGGCACAUCACAAGAAAAACGUCACCUUGAAGUUCGAUUUUACGAGAUCAGGUAGAACCGUAAGCAAGUACUUUAACCGUGUACUUGAUGCGGUAAUUCGCCUUCACACCGUCCUAGUCGCCACACCUAAGCCAAUUGAGGAUGAUUGUUCAGAUGCACGGUGGAAAUGGUUCAAGGGGUGUCUAGGAGCACUAGAUGGUACAUACAUUAACGUGCGAGUCCCAUCAAAAGAUAGGGGAAGAUAUAGGAAUCGAAAGGGUCAAGUGUCAGUUAAUGUACUUGGGGUGUGCGAUAGAAAUAUGAACUUCGUCUACAUGCUUUGUGGAUGGGAGGGGUCUGCUGCUGAUAAUCGAGUACUAAGAGAUGCCAUCACUAGGGAAAAUUCACUUCGAGUCCCAAACGGACAAUAUUAUUUGGUGGAUGGUGGUUACACUAAUGGUUCUGGCUUUCUAUUGCCAUAUAGGGGUGUCAGAUAUCACUUAGAUGAAUGGGGUACAGGGUCCCGUACUCCACAAAACUUUAGAGAACUUUACAACCUUCGGCACGCCAAAGCUAGGAACGCGAUUGAACGUGCUUUUGGCAUUCUUAAAAUGCGUUGGGCAAUUCUUAGGAGUAACUCUUUUUAUCCCAUUAGGACCCAAAAUCGCAUUAUCAUGGCGUGCGCGCUUAUUCAUAAUUUUAUACGUACAACAAUGCCCGAAGACCCCAUCGAGAACGAGAUUCCAGAUUUUCCGAUACCUUCCAACCCACCGUCUGACGACGACUACAUAGAUCAAGUUGAAAGUAGUCCCGAAUGGACCCAGAAGCGCGAUCUCCUAGCCCAACAAAUGUUCACAGACUGGCAGGGCGAGGGCGGCGCCACCUCUAAAUGCCGUGUGUGGACAUCGGCUGAAGAGAAUGCCCUAAUUAAUGCUCUAAAGGAUAUUGUAACCGAGGGGUGGAAAAUGGAAAACGGCUUCAGAACGGGCUAUGCAUUUCAGUUGGAGAAAAAAAUGAAGAUAUAUAUUUCCAGAUGUGAAAUUCGUGCUGACCCGCACAUAACUUCCAAAAUGCAUGUUUGGAAGAAAACAUAUGCGAGUUUGGCCAAUAUAAAAUCAAAUAAAUCGGGACUGGGAUGGAAUGAUGUUUCAAAAAGCUUCUCCUCAACUCUUAGAGAUCAUGCCAUAGCUCAUUUUGAGAGUCGAUUUUCGGACACUCCCAUUACACCCAUUGGUUGUGAAUUCACGGAGCCUCUUGCUCCUCCAGUCCCUGACAUAGCACUGACGGUCACUCAGAUAGUUUCCAACUUGGAAAUUAAACAGGCGAUCGAUUCGUGCCCUUCUUACUCGGCCCCGGGACCUGAUGGCUUUCCAGCGGCGUUUUACAAGAAAUUCUGGCAUCUCAUUGGUCUGGAGCAAUCCGCCUUUCUUCCCGGAAGAGGCACUUCAAACAACGCCAUCGUUCUCCAUGAGGUUAUUCACAAAUUUAACCAACGGCAUCGGGGGGCUGAAUUCGUCAUCAAAAUUGAUUUGGACAAGGCUUACGACAGGGUGAAGUGGAAAUUCCUUCGGGACUCAUUAUCUCAACUGGGACUGGACGCACCCUCGGUCACUCUUAUCAUGGAGUGUGUGACUUCCGCUCAUUUUGCGAUUCUUUGGAAUGGUCGUCCGUCUCUUGAAGUGUACCCUUCUCGGGGUCUUCGCCAAGGGGAUCCGAUUUCUCCUUAUUUGUUCGUCAUCAUUAUGGAGCGACUUACUAGAACCAUCAACCGAGAGGUCAGUACGCAUAAUUGGGAUCCUAUUGUGUUGUCUCGGGGAGGUCCGGAGCUCAGCCAUUUGUUAUUCGCAGAUGAUGUCCUGAUUAUGGCACAAGCUAAUGACGCUACGGCCAAAACUGUUAAUAAAGUUCUUCAUGCUUUUGCGGAUGAAGCGGGCUUAUCGAUUAACCUGAGUAAAUCUGAAAUCAUCUUUUCGGUGUCGACACCAACAGCUAAGCGCAAUCGGGUCUGCCAUCACCUCUCCAUGCCAAUGACGGAUUCUUUUGAUAAGUAUUUGGGCUUUCCCAUCAUUGCUGGAAGGCGUAAGGUUUCUCACUUCGAUUUCAUAAUAGAGCGUAUUUCGCGGAGGCUUCCCCCGUGGCGUGCUAAAUUUCUUAACAAGGCGGGCCGUACUACUCUUGCGCGCUCGGUUCUUUCUACCAUUCCGGUUUAUUUCAUGCAAAUUGCAUGGUUUCCGGAGAAAACUUGCCAACAAAUUGAUAGCAUCAUUAAGAGAUUUAUUUGGCGGGACCGCGAUGGUCGGGGGUUACAUCUAGUGAAAUGGCAAACAGUGGCUAAGCCGCGUCGCUUGGGGGGCCUUGGCCUUCGUCAAACGCGGCAAAUGAACAUAGCUAUGCUGGGGAAGAAAGUCAGCGAGUUUAUCGACGACACUCCUUCUCUUUGGGUGGUUGCUUUGUCCCACCGAUUUGGAAGGGGUUACGAGGGGAUCAGAAGUUCCAAGACCCAGUCCUCGUCUGUUUGGACUGCAUUGAGGAGGUGUUUUUCUGUCAUUGCGAACGGUUUCACCUACAGGUUAGGUAAUGGGGAGACCAAUUUUUGGGAGGGAAUUUUUCUUCAAGGUAAACCUAUCAAUUGUCUUGUCGACUAUGUCCAUAUAUCGGAUUCUGAUAAAUCAUGCCGUCAGUUGAUCGUUAAUGGAAGGUUUGAGCUUCAGUCGUUGCAAACGGCCUUCCCAGAUCAUGUUCUUAAGGCCCUGACAGACGCGAGAAACAUUUAUCUUCAUCCUUCUGUGUCGGAUAAAUGGUGUUGGUCGGUUGGUAGUCUCGGGAAAUACUCUGUGGCUUCUUGCUACGAAUGGCUGCUAAAUCAGGGCGUAAUCAUGAAGGCGAAGUGGAAGAAGAUUUGGAGAGCAGACAUUCCUGAGAAAAUAAAUUUUUUCUGUUGGCUUAUUGGGCAUCGCUCGCUUCCUACGAUGGAAUUGCGUCACCGUAGACAUCUUGAUUCUACGGGUACGUGUUCGAUUUGUGGGGAUGGGAUGGAGAAUUGGGUGCAUAUGUUUUUUGAGUGCUCGUGGACUGCUCCGGUUUGGGCUGGGCUCAUUUAUCACGGUUUUCCUCAUCGGCUGGCUCAUACUAUUCCGCUCGACAGCCAAGCUUUCGAAUUUAUUGUUCACGCGCCCACGGGGUUGAGGUUUGCUCUGUGGUUCUUGUGGGUGGAGCGUAAUAACAGGGUGUUUGGAGACAAGGAGGCGGGCGAACAGGUUAAUGAAUGGGGCUAG